GACGUUGUUUACCGCAUCCCUUGGAAAUUCAACACGCAUGCGCGCCUGACCCACAUAUCCAAGCCAGCUUUAAGCACGGCAGAUACCUUUCGGAACUUUCGAGAAACUAUCAGUUUUUCGGUGUUAGAUAUAAAAUCCACUGAGGUCUCGGGGACUUCUGUGUUCUUCAAGAGCUAAUAGGUUGGACCGGGGGCCCUCAAAAUGAAUCAAAACUCUAGGAACAUUUGCGCCUCGGAUCUGGUGGCCCAGUUUCUCCAAACUGUCGAUGACUGCAAGGCGUUGACUUCAACCCGCAAGGUCUUGGCUCCUAUUCCGGCAGCUAGGCGGGAGGUUGACCCAUCGGAGCUGCAACGUUUGGACGAUUACUUCGACAGGAUGGCAGACCUGAUCAUGCGAGCUCCGCGCCGCCCUCAUGACUAUACCAAGCCAGAUUCUACUCAAGGCAAUACCGAAAGGAAUAGGCGUCCAGUUCCCUACAAGAUUAAGCCGAGGCCCGUGAAGGUCGUGUCCACGACGCCUGUGACCGUCACUCAGGAGAAUGAGCGCGUCACUCCAUCGGGCCCCAGCGAGUAAACAGUUCGAGAAUUCGCGCCUAAAUGCAUGGUCAAUUUCUAUGUCCUUUGUACCUGACCUGUACGUAAUGAGCUGAAUUUUGCUCUGGUUAGUUCAUAUCAAAGCGUAGGAUCCAUUUGGAUGGACGGUUAUAAUGAAAGUAGGCUAAUAUCUUGUGACAGUGUUCAGGUACCUAUUUCGUUAUAUUUACAAGAUUUAUACUACUUUUAAUGUCCCUAAGAUGAUUUACUAUUUUGUAAGUUGAACUUUUGAUAGUUUUAUUCAUAUCUAUUUUUUAUUAAGGCAAGUGAAGCGUGUCAAAAUUUGUAAGUAUUUAAGAGUUAGGGACUUUUUAAAGAGUAUUGGUAAGAUCAUGUUGAGACUGAAAAAAGAUUGAAUUAUUUUUGAACGUAUUUCUAAAAAUAUCCUUAGCGUGCUUUGGAUUGUAAAAAUUAAAAUUGAUGAAUAAAACAAAAUUUUAGAGAAGUAAAGGGAGAUA